AUGUUCGGGGUAGCAAGUUCACUCCCACCUCAAAUGUUGCGAGUGUGUACAAGGACAUGGAUUAGAGAUAGCCACGAUCUAUUCGACUAUGAAACACACCAGCAGGUUAAGUUGUAUCAAUUUGCAACAUCUUCCGCAUUGAGGUUGUUACGCAGCGAUGCUGACGUAACUGCAAUGGACUACAAUGCGGGAUCAGCUCAGGUUGAACGCGAGCAUGAUCAUUUGUUGACUAUUGUAAGUAAAAGAAAUGGAGAAUAUGUUGUCUUUCCCGCCGAAAAGGCGCCUGGAUCAUUCCUAGCCCCGCAAAAAUUGUGGAUUAUAGUGAGGGCUCUGCCAUGCCAAAGAUAUGCUUUGCAGGAGAAUGAUGUCAUAAAAUUGGGACGUUUUAGGUUAAGGGUUAAGCAAUUGGUUCCAAAGAGUAGCGAUGCUGAUCAAGUGAGCGUCCGAUUAUACGAUAGUAUCAUACCAGAGAGAAACAUCCCGCCGGAAGAAUUGGCGACGAUGCAAUGUAGAAUAUGUCUAACCGAAGGAGGUAGUGACGACGACAAGUUGAUUUGUGCGUGCGAAUGCAAAGGUUCUAUAAAGUACGUUCACGCAGAAUGCUUGAGAAAGUGGAUUAAUUCACGCUCAAACAUUAAGGAGGGAGAAAAGUUGCCAGCGUUGCUCUUUAUCCGCGAAGUUUCUUGUGAGCUGUGCAAGGCACAAUAUCCAACUUGUGUAAAGCAAAAUGGUGAAGUUAUACAAAUUGUGUGCAUUCCCCAAGUGUCUGCACCAUUUAUCGUACUGGAGAAUGUCACCCCUCACGCUGUAAGGGGGAUUCAUUUGCUUAGCAUGAAAGAUAUGAAGGAUCUCAAGCUUGGUAGAGGUCACGAAUCGGAUGUUCGAAUUCCAGACGUUUCGAUUUCCCGCUAUCACGCAACUAUACGUUACGAAGGGAAUGUGUUUUAUUUGGAGGACCACAAUUCCAAGUUUGGAACUCUUGUUGCCAUGAGGCGCCCAAAGCUUAUUGGGGCUUCUGAGAAUCUCGCACUUCAGGUUGGAAGGAGUGUUGUGGAACUUACCAUGGAUCCCACACUUCCCUAUGUACCGGGUCGCAUUGAUUUGCCACCUGUGCCUGGUACCUUUGGAUACUGCGGCGAUGCCGAGCAAAGUAUGCAGACAGAUGAGCCCACUGAUGUUCGUGUCGCUGAGGAAGUUGCUAUUGUUCAGGAACUUUCAAGGCAGGCUACUCCUGGACAUCCUACUCGUCGUCAAACGUGCCAACAUCCACCUCAGUUGAGUGGAUUUCAGGAACAUAUUAUAAAUCAGCUGCGAUAUGUUUAUCACCAGGGUGUUGCUCCAUCAAUACAUGACGGAGGGCAGCAUGCAUAUUCACAAGGUGCAUCUCCAUCCAUUCGCUCACCGUCGUAUGCUACAAGUCAAUUUUCACAAAUGCAAGCUGGAAUAGCUCCUGUACGUCAACCACAAGUUGCACCAUCUGUGCGGGCACUGGCGCCUUCACUGACUGGUUCUCAUUCCCCCUUUGGAUUAAGCGAAGGGAGGAUUCACUUUGCGGAACCCGAGUGUGCUCUGCCAGAUUCCAUCUUUAUCGCAAACUGGAAUUCUGUACCACAGAGAACUGACCAAGGAGAUACUAGUACAAGCGCCUUGGACUUUAGAGAUACAGCGGCCGCUCCACCAGGCCUUGACUUUGGACAAAUGCGAGUAACUGUGCAAGACACUAGAGGUGGUAGAAAGGACAAUGCAUCGACGAAUGAACAUGCGCAGGCAAAUGUGGAUCAAGAUGGUCAGUAUCACUGUGGUUCAAGCGUCAGCAGAAGUGGAUGA